AUAUUAGUUCCAUACUUUUUUGCAAUCACUGCAAAAAAAAUAAUAGUAAAUUUUAAUUUAGGCUGUUUCUAAAAUGACUUUUUGAAUACUAUCGCUUGUCACUAAUACCUUCUAAUACUCUUACUGCAGUUCUAUUUAUAUUUUAUAACCUUAAAGUUUUAGCGGCUUAUUUUUGUUGUUGUUGACUUCAAACAAUACUUAUUUAUUUAAGAUGGCAACUGGAUUAGAAAGCUAUGUUAAUCAUACUGUUUCCAUCAUCACAUGUGACGGGCGUAAUUUCAUCGGAACUUUGAAAGGUUUCGAUCAUACUAUCAAUUUGAUUUUGGAUGAAUCCCAUGAAAGAGUUUACAGUACCACACAAGGUGUGGAGCAAGUAGUUUUGGGUCUACAUAUCAUCAGAGGGGACAAUGUGGCCGUUGUAGGAGAGCUAGAUGAUGAAAUGGAUGCACGCUUAGAUUUAUCAGUUAUAAGAGCAGAACCAUUAAGUUCAGUAAUUCAUUAGUAAAACUUUAGAUUACUUUUAUAAAGAAUGCAUUUAAAAAUUACCAAUGAUAAUUGCUAAUAACAAUUCAAUAACAAAAUGCAUUAUUGUAAAUAGUUAUAUUCUAAGUGCUAAUUUUAUAUCGUAUAGAAAAAACUUUCGUGUCUAAAAUUAAUCUUCAUUUUAUAAUUAAUUUUUAUAUAGAAAAUAAUUAAAGUAAAUUAUUAAGAGACA